UGGUAAAAACGAGAGAUUAGCCAGGCAAGGCACAGGCCGUUCUCCGUCGCCUCGCAAACUUCGUCCUCUCGCCCCCACCGAAGACCGCUGUGACCGCAGGCAAAAAGGGGCGUCUCGACGUCGUUGCGCGCGUUAGAACUUGAAUUCAUUAGCCGUUGAGAUCGAAAAAAAAAAACGAUGAGCACGCUGAAAGAGAUCUGCUCUGGAUUGCCCCUGGACCCACUGCCUCCGCCCAGGGCGAGAAACCCGGCAUUGGCCCACGCUCCGGACAGGAACGUUCCGCUCACCGCAGAGGAGACAGAGACCGCCAUCAAGAAUGCGCUGCGGUACUUUCCUGCGAGGCUCCACGCCCAGCUAGCGCCGGAGUUCGUGCGAGAGCUAUCGGAUUACGGCCACAUCUACAUGUACCGCUUCGUUCCCAGCAUUGCCAUGAAGGCGUACCCAAUCGACGAGUACCCCGCAAAGUCGAAGCAGGCCGCCGCCGUGAUGCUUAUGAUCAUGAACAACCUAGACCCUCAGGUGGCUCAGUUUCCAGAGGAACUGAUCACCUAUGGCGGCAACGGACAAGUCUUUUCCAACUGGGCACAGUUCUGGCUGGUGAUGAACUACCUGUCCAAGAUGGACGAGUCGCAGACGCUGGUCAUGUACUCGGGCCACCCUCUCGGCCUGUUCCCGUCAUCCCGGCCCAGCCCCCGAGUGGUCAUCACCAACGGCAUGGUUAUACCGAAUCACUCGUCCCACGAGGACUACGACCGCAUGUUCGCCAUGGGAGUCACCAUGUACGGGCAGAUGACCGCUGGUAGCUACUGCUACAUCGGGCCGCAGGGUAUCGUGCACGGAACAACGAUCACCGUGAUGAACGCUGGACGCAAGUACCUCAAGCUCGAAGAUCUCCGAGGAAAAGUGUUCGUGUCAUCUGGUCUCGGUGGAAUGAGCGGUGCCCAGGCGAAGGCAGCGGUGAUCGCAAGCGGCAUCGGAGUAAUCGCAGAGAUGUCCCGAGAGGCGACGUACAAACGUCACCACCAGGGAUGGGUGGAUGAAGUCAUCGAGGAUAUCGAAGAGCUUAUCAAAAGAAUAAGGAAAGCCAAAGCAGCGAAGGAGUCCGUGAGCAUCGGAUACCUGGGUAACAUCGUCGCUCUUUGGGAACGCUUGGCGACGGAGGCGGAGACCACGGGCGAACUCCUGGCGGACCUGGGCUCAGACCAGACGUCCUGCCACAACCCUUUCAACGGCGGAUACUACCCCGUGCAGCUGACUUACGAGGAGGCGAACGCCAAGAUGAGAGACGACCCCCGGAACUUUAAGAUGCUCGUGCAAGAAAGCCUCCGGCGGCACGUGACGGCGAUCAACAAGAUGACCAAGCGAGGCAUGUGCUUCUGGGACUACGGCAACGCUUUCCUCCUCGAAGCAUCCAGGGCAGGUGCUGACGUUGGCCACAACGGUAUCAGGUUCCGUUACCCGUCCUACGUUCAGGACAUCAUGGGGGACAUCUUCUCCCUCGGCUUCGGACCGUUCAGGUGGGUUUGCACGUCUGGAUCCAAGGACGAUUUAGCGCUGACAGACAAACUGGCUGCUUCUGUGCUGAAGGGCUUGCUCAAGACCAAUGUGCCGGAGCACGUGAAGCAGCAGUACAAGGACAACAUCGCGUGGAUUGAGAAGGCGGCAGACCAUAACCUGGUGGUCGGCUCCCAGGCGCGGAUCCUCUACUCGGACAAGACGGGCAGGACGCAGAUUGCCCUCGCCUUCAACCUCGCCGUUAGGGAAGGACGACUCAAGGGCCCAGUCGUGAUUAGCCGCGACCAUCACGACGUGAGCGGCGCAGACAGCCCGUACAGGGAGACAUCUAACGUGUACGACGGAUCAGCGUUCACUGCAGAUAUGGCCGUGCAAAACUUCGUCGGGGACGCACUAAGGGGGGCGACAUGGGUGGCACUUCACAACGGUGGAGGUGUUGGCUGGGGAGAAGUCAUCAAUGGAGGAUUCGGCUGUGUCCUCGACGGAACCAAGGAGGCGGACGGGCGGCUGACGACGCUUCUCUCCUGGGACGUCAACAACGGAGUGUGCCGCAGAAGUUGGUCUGGCAACAAGUACGCCUACGAGACCAUCCAGCGAGCCAUGAAGGACGACCCGGCUUUGCUUGUGACGUUGCCCAAUGAAGCGGACGAGCAGCUCGUCAAGAAAGUGUUGGCGGGAAAGAAGGUUUAAGGAGCGAUCGAGUGUUUCUUCAGCCAUGGCAGUUUCGAAACGCACUGCCUCGAGAACCGUUGGUGUUAUUUCGGACACUACCAAAUUCCGCUAAAUUUGUCGAAUUCUCCAUCGUGGCAGUUGCCCCAUGGGCUCAUACAGGGUGGAUGCGCGUCCACUCUGAUUGGCUCAAAACGCCAAAGAUGGCGGAAUGCGACAUGCCAGCAUUUGGCUGUGUCUUCUUAUACCCUGCUUGCAUUUUCUUUCUUGUUUUCUUUUUGUUUUCAGUGAAGAAUGACUCUGCCCCCGAAAACAUACACUGCGGGGGAUAAUUGACUGACACGCCAGCAGUGACCAGAAAAAUAAACUUUUUUUUUUAUU